UGAAGCAGCGGGCUUGGUCAGGUGUUCCGAGAACCAAGAACGGGCGUGAACUUUUCCCUUGGAACAUUGAUCGUAUUUCAUUUGACAGUCAAACACAAAUCGAUAGCGACCAUGCUUAGACGGAUACUUCAAAUGACUCCUGGGAAAGGAGGCUCCCAGAACACUGAGUCAGACCAGCCCAGUGCAGAACUCAACAAUGACCAGACCUCCGAGGGGUUCAUCUGUCCCCAGUGCAUGAAGUCCCACAACUCCGCAGAGGAGCUGUUUAAGCACUAUGAACUGUACCACGGUUCAGGAGACCAGCCCUCCCACAUGGGCCCUGGCCGGGAAGACUUUAUGCUUCUCCGGCAAGAGUUGCAAGAACUGCAGACCUCGCUCAAGGAGGAGCGAUGGUUCUCUGGCGAGCUGAAGAAGGAGCUGGACAAAGUGCAAGGACACCUGAAGCAAGGUCCACAGAACGACGGCCAGGCAGGCUCAGAAGAUUCUGCCCUGGCGAUUAAGCUGAACCAGGCAGAGACGGAGAAGUUUAACAUCAAGCAGAUGAAAGACCUGUUUGAGCAGAAGGCUGCCCAGCUGGCCACAGAGAUAGUGGACAUCAAGUCUCGUUAUGAUGAGGAGAAGAGCCUGAGGGAGGCUGCAGACCAGAGGCUGUCCAACCUGUGCCAGGAGCUGCAGAGCGAGAGGCAGGACAAGGAACGGCUCAACACAGAACUGCUGCAGCGGCCGGGAGUGGAGGACGUGGAGGUACUGCAGAAGGAGCUGAUCCAGGUGCAGACGUUGAUGGACAGUAUGACACGCGAGAGGGAGGAGGAGUCGGUACGCCUCAAGAGCCAAUACGAGCAGCUGCAGGCUGACCACACCACCUCAGAGAUGACCAUCUCCCAGCUGAAGGCAGAGCUAGAGAAGGGACCUCAGGAGGCAGCAGUGUACACCCAGCAGAUCCACCAACUACAGAGCUCUCUGAUCAACCUGCAGCAACAGAGCCAGAGGCUUUCAGAGAAGCUUGGGCGCAGGGAGAAGGAGUUCCAGGAGCUGGAGGACUGCCUGGGGGCUGAGCAGGCCUCCAACAAGACAGCCCAGGCUAGCCUGCACCAGACGGAGCUGGAGGUGCAAGAGCUCCAGGCCCGGGCAGCAGGGGCUGAAGCCAGCCUGCAGAGAGCCCAAGCAGAGCUGGGGGAGAAGGGGGAGGAGGCAGGGAGGCUCCGGAGGGAGGUGGCUGAGCUGGAGGCCAAGCAUGGUGAGGUGAAGGUGGAGAGGAAGCAGCUACAGCAGCAGAGGGAGGAGAGGGAGAGCCAGGGCCUGGCGCAGCAGAGUGAGAUCAGCCAGCUACAUGCUAAGCUCCUGGAGGCGGAGCGUCAGCUGGGGGAGGUGCAGGGCCGUCUGAAGGAGCAGAGGCAGCUCUCUGGGGAGAAACUGAAGGACCGCGAGCAGCAAGCCGCCGACCUGCAGAUCAAACUGUCCCGCUCAGAGGAACAGUUGAAGGAGAACAGCAGUAAGACGUUGGACCUGCAGCACCAGCUGGAGAAAGCUAAGCAGCAACACCAGGAGCUCCAGGGCCUGCAGCAGAACACCAACACCAAGCUCAGAGAGGCACAGAAUGACCUGGAGCAGGUGCUGCGUCAGAUCGGUGACAAGGACCAGAAGAUCCAGAACCUGGAGGCCCUGCUGCAGAAGACCAAGGACAGCGUGAGCCAGCUGGAGGCCGAGAGGGAGGACCUGGUAGCCAAGAUCCAGGCUGGGGAGGGAGAGACGGCCGUGCUCAACCAGCUGCAGGAGAAGAACCACACGCUACAGACGCAGGUCACACACUUGACAGACAAGCUGAAGAACCAAUCGGAGAGCCACAAGCAGGCUCAGGACAACCUCCACAAGCAGGUGCAGGAGCAGAAGAGCCUCCUCCGGGCAGCCCAGGACCGAGCCCAGGCUAUGGAGACCUCUCUAGGGGAACUGAACGCCCAGCUGACAGAGAGCAGGGAGAAGGUGGCCCAACUGGACACGCAGUUGAAGUCUAAGACGGAGAUGCUGCUGUCGGCCGAGGCAGCCAAGGCAGCCCAGAGAGUAGACCUGGAGAACCACCUGGAGACAGCCCAGCAUGCACUGCAGGACAAGCAGCAGGAGCUGAGUAAGAGCCAGGCGUGUGUAGAGGAGCAGGGCCGGAGGCUGCAGGAGAGACGGGAGCAGUGUGGCCAGCUGGAGGCCAGUUUGAAGGAGGUCAAAGACAAACUACUGACCUCAGAACAGUGCAUAGAGCAGCUGGAAGGACGGGCCAAGAAAGCGGAGGCGGAGGGGGUGGAGCUGAGGGCGGCCAGGGAGCAGGCCCAGCAGGAAGUGCAGAAGCUCCAGAAGCAGGGGUCAGAGGUCAAGGGAAAGCUGAAGGAGCUGGGUCGCCUAUUAGAGACUGAGAAGGCCGGGGCUGCUGUGUUACAGGAGGAGCUGAAGAGAAAGACAGCCUCCCUGAGCGACACGCGGCAGCAGCUGGAGCGCUGUGAGCAGGAGAAGACUUCCCUCCAGGCCAACCUGGACAAGCUAGCCCAGGAGGGGCAGGCGCGGCAGGCAGAGCUGGACAGGAAAGCCCAGGGCUUGGCCAGAGACCUCCAGAAGGCCCAGCAGGAGAAGGAGGCCCAGGGGAAAGAGAUGGCAGCGGCCAACGACAUCCUGGCUAAAGCCUCCAAGGCCCUGAAGGAGAGCCAGAGCCAACUGGACAAGGAGAGGAAGAGCAGCAAGAUAGUUAUGGAGGAGAAGGAGAAGUCCCAUGAGAUGGCCAGACAGGAGCUGCUGAAGGCCACAGAGGCCACCACCAAGGAGAUGGCAGAGGUCAAAGGGCAGCUGGAGAAGAUCCGAGAGGCAGAGAAAGGUUUGAAGAUGAAGCUGACUGUAUUAACAGAGCAGCACACUGAGACCCAGGAUGCCCUGAAAGAGAAAGAGAAGGGGGUGAAGCAGCUGCAGGCACAGCUGAGGACAGCCCAGGGGUCCUUCAACCAGGAAAAUAAGAAACUGGAGAGCCAAGUCAUCGAGCUGCAAGGACUACAUGCCAAGAAGGCUGAGGAGGAGGGUCGUCUGAAGGAGCAGGUGGCAGGCCUGGGCCAGGAGCUGACUUCUGAGAGGACCAGGACCACUGAGCUGCAGAAGGCCCUAGAGCAGAGUCAGGAGGGACUGGCCAAGCUGCAGUCUGACUACUACGGCAAGGAGUCAGAGGUGUCAUCUCUCAGACAGGACCUCGAGGCAUCUGAGGAGAGGCUGACUCUGUCCCAGGAGGAGUUGGCUGCUAACCGGACCCAGCUGACUGGUCUGGAGGGGCAGAUCCAGGAAGUGGAGGCUGCCCGGGCCUCCCUGGAGCAGGAGCUUGCUAAACGGGACCAGAGGCUGGGCCAGCAGGAGACAUCCCUCAAAGAGCUGCAGAAACAUCAGGGUGUGACCCAAGAGGAGCUGCAGAAGGAGAGGAGCAGAGCAAAGGAGCUGAGCCAGACUAAGGCUGCCCUGGAGAAGGACACGACCAAACUGGGCUCUGAGCUGAAGGCACUCAGGGAGAGGAGUGAGAAGGAGUUGAGGGAGCUGCGGGAGGCCAAGCAGCUGUUGAUCCAGCAGAAGCUGGAGGUGCAGGGCCGUGUGGAGGAGGUGCAGGCAGCCCUGGAGCAGGAGAAGACCCAGCACCAGGCCACCAGGGACAGUGUUACCCAGAGAGAGGAGAAGUCUCGGGUGGAGACCCAGGAGGUCCAGGCCCAGCUAGCGUCAGAACGUAAAGCCCGGGAGGAGCAGGCGAAGCGGGGAGAGGAGGCGGAGGCGCGGCUGGGCCUGCAGGUGACUGCGCUCAACGAGAACGUGGCCACGCUAAAGAGGGAAUGGCAGGGCAGCCAGCGGCGCUGUGGCGAACUGGAGAAGCAGACUGAUGAACUGCGGGGCGAGAUCGCUGUGCUAGAGGCCACCGUGCAGAACAACCAGGACGAGAGACGCGCGCUGCUGGAGAGGUGUGUGAAGGGUGAGGGGGAGAUGGAGAAACUGCAGUCCAAGGUGGUGGAGAUGCGCAGGAAACUGGAUGAUACAACCGCUGCCAUGCAGGAGCUGGGCAGAGAAAACCAGUCACUACAGAUAAAGCAGUCACAGUCUCUGACCAGGAAGUGGGCGGAGGACCACGAGGUACAGAACUGCAUGGCCUGUGAGAAGGGCUUCUCUCUUGCCAUCAGGAAGCACCACUGCAGACACUGUGGCAACAUCUUCUGUGCAGAGUGCUCUGCCAAGAACGCUCUCACACCCUCCUCCAAGAAGCCUGUGCGGGUGUGUGAGACGUGCUUCGAAGAUCUCCAGGGCUGACACCUCUCUCUCUCGGCCCCCUGGCCCCUCCAGUGACGGCAUGUCUCAUCGUUUCCUACGUGCAUUCUUACAAACUGACUUUGAGAAAUCAACACCUGUCUUUCUAUGACUUCAUGGAUCAUUGGAACCAAUCAGACCUAGUGUGCUUUGAAGAGGAGGUACCUGGUGAUGGGAUGGGAGUGCAGGACAAGGGGCCACAGUCACUGUAUGGGCCACAGUCGUUCUAGGGGCCAGUGGUCUUAGCAAGGGGGUUAGCUGGGGUCUCUGUGUCACACAAGAUAGGAACAUGAUGGAAGAAGCACAGCAGACAUGCCAGAGCUAUGGGACAGAAUGGGAAGGGCCAAAUCUGUAUAGUGCCUUUGCUGCUUAUGAGGCCGGCUGGUUGGUCAGAGGGUGGUAACGGGGAGAGCUCAACAGCACUAACCAUCUUUACUCUACAUGUCUAGCUAAGACGGCGGUCAUCUUGGUUUGGCAUCGUUAGCAUCUUUAACAUUUAGGAAGACAAGGCGGUUGACUGUAAGUGUACGUUGUGUCUAGAAGAGUUGUGAAGGCAGGUGUAAGAAAGGGGUUAAAUACCGAAUGGGUUAAGUUGUUUUAACAAAAGGAUAUAGAGUUACGUUAAAGGGUUGAAAGCAGUGGUUCUGUUUGUUUUAAGAUAAGUAUUUUGUUCACGACCAAAGAAUGUCCCAACUGGAGGAGUCCAACUGUCCUGAGAUGGUAGGAUAUGAGGCAAAACGGAAAGCCUGGAUUUUUCUUUACCUUAAUUUCUUCUCAAUUACUUUUUUAAUCUAGCCGAAAGCUUUGAGUUUUUGACUUGUAAGGUCCUACAUUUUAUCAUGAAUUCAGACAUGCUUGAACGUGGCUGGCAUUUAUAAUGUACAUCAGAUUUUUAUGAUCAUUUUUCUACAAAAUGGAAUGACGUCUUUGUUUUGCACCGUCGUUGAUCUCCUGCAAACAACAAAUGUAAACAACUACUUGUGGUGCUUCUUUUUCUCAUUGAAUGCAGACGUGAUGAGAUCCACGUGGUUGCAUGUGAUGUUUUUUGUCGCCUGUAUCCCAUUCAACAUCAUGACUACUUACUGCAGGAGCUGUGUGUGCUCUGCUUUGAAGCAAUAACUGUCUGCGUGUAUCUUGUAUGUGUGGUGUUUUAGGAAUAAUGUGUAGUGUGUGUGUAGGGUGGCAGUGUUGUCUGUCUGUACAGCACCUCUACAGCAGUGGAUUUCAACCUUUGGUCUGCGGACCACCAGGGUACUGUUUUUAUUUUUGUAUUUAUUUUUAUAAAAAUAGUUGGGAGUAUUAAAGGGGGGCUGAACUUC